GAUACUGCAAGAAUACAUCUUGCAAAGCUUACAAUCAACUUCAAAUCGUUCGCCACUUUGGUUACGGUACUUACAAGUUUCCUACGGAACCUCAUCUCAGCAUAUGCAAACUAUGUAAGAAACAAGUCGAACCCGUCACCUGUGGGUUCACAAAUACCCUCUGGAAAUACGAAUGGAAAAAGAGUGUUGAUUUAAACGCUUGGAGGAUGGAAGGUACUACUGAGCGAACAAUUACAGAAAAGUCUACUACUUGGGAGCGCGCAGAACUUGAUGAAUACGUAACAUUUGGAAAUGCGAGCAUCUCUGAAGAUGUAGGAGUACAAUGGCUGAAACUAAAGAUCACAACC